AGCACUAGGGUACUUGAUUUUGUUUUAAUUGCUAAGCCACAAAAGACUGCAAACAUGUCUCUGGAAGACAUCCACAUGAACACCCAGGAUUUGCUUGAAAAAAAGCAAUUAGAUGCUGGAGGAUUUGGAACAAUUUCUUUAUGCUUUCACAAGAAACAUGGAUAUGUAGUAUUAAAAAAAGUGUAUACAGGACCCCAGCGCACUGAAUAUAAUGCUUCCCUCCUUGAAGAAGGCAGGAUUAUGCGCAGACUGCAGCAUGAUCGUGUGGUAAAACUACUAGGUAUAAUUUUGGAAGACGGAAACUACUCACUUGUGAUGGAGUAUGUGGACCGGGGGAACAUGAUGAAAGUGCUACAGAAACUCUCAGUGCCUUUGUCAGUGAAAGGGCAUUUUGUGCUGGAGAUCACAGAAGGAAUGCUUUAUCUGCAUGAGCAAGGCUUCGUACACAAAGACCUAAAACCAGAAAACAUCCUUGUGGACACAGACUUCCACAUUAAGAUUGCAGAUCUUGGUGUUGCCUCCUUUAAGAACUGGAGUCGGCUGACCCAAGAAGAGACUGUCCGACAGAAGCAAAUCAAAAGCACUUGCCAGAACAAUGCUGGGACUCUUUUCUAUAUGGCCCCAGAGCAUUUACGCUGUCUUAAUGUAAAACCUGUGGAGAAAUCAGAUGUUUACAGCUUCGGCAUAGUGAUCUGGGCAAUUUUUGCUAACAAAGAGCCAUAUGAACAUUGUAUAAAUGAAGCCCAGAUUUGCUUUGGCAUCAUGAAUGGAAACAGACCAGACAUAAAGGAGAUCACUGAUAAAUGUCCAGUGGAAAUUAUUGACUUAAUGAAACAAUGCUGGGAGCAAGAGUCAGAGAAACGGCCAACCUUUGCAGAAAUUAGUCAAAGAUACAAGCCAUUUUACUAUCAAAGUCUAGGAAAAAAUAUUGAAGAUGAUCUGAAGAAGUUAAAAAAAAUAUGGCCCGAGUCAAAUGAACUGCUGAAUAGGAUGCAAUCCCUUCAAAUAGAUGCUGUAGCAGAAGAUACCAGUAAUGGUCAAGUAGAUCAGCCUAAUUCUCUACACAGCUCUCAAGGUCCCAUGACCAGUCAGGUUAACGAAGCCCUGUUUACUGCCUCUCCUGAGAACCAGCCUGUUGAGAGCUGCGAGACCUCGUUUACAUCUGCUGAUAAUCUAGAAAGAAAACUUCAGUGUGAAUACAACUACCAUGUAUUUGGGAGCCGUAUGGAUAAAGCAGUUCCACCUGUAGUAUAUACCCCUGAAAUGAGGGACGAAGAAAGGAGACGAAGAGUUUCCUACGAUCCAUUUGCAAAGUCAUCUCCUACUCCUCAACAGAGUGAGCUGUAUCCAAGAGCUGAAAAAACAGGAUCAAACACUAAUCCAUAUUUUUGGCCACAGCCAGCUGCAGCAACACCAAAACGGGGAAAUGUAGAUACUUUUUAUGGGCCAAACCCUAACAGACUUCUAACAGGAAACACAGAGGGUCUCUAUGGAUUGUGUUCAGCCAGUACCUUUAGCCUAAGUAAACCUCCUGUGCCUGAAUCUGGCCCAAACGUGCGGUCCAACGUAAACUGGUAUCCAAAGAAUGCAGACACCGAUACGGGUAACAAGGAUGCCACUUCUUUUACAAGGGGAACUUUUACAUAUUAUCCUACUGCACCCAGAGUAAAUACAGAAGAUUCAAUCAAGUACAACAUAAGUAACAGUUCUGGAAUUCAAAUUGGAUCCUAUAAUCACAUGAAGAUUGAAGAGCACAAUCAACACAUCAGCACUUCUCCUGUUGCUACAGAAGCAACUUACAUGCAUUAUGAAGCAAUGGGCAUAUUUGACAAUACUACUGUCCUGACCGAGAAACAUCUGAAUCUAGUGAGAGAAAAGUUGGCUAAACAGUGGAAGCACUGUGCUCGUAAACUGGGCUUCGGUGAUCCCGAGAUUGAUGAAAUUGAUCACGACUAUGAACGAGAUGGACUAAAAGAAAAAGUUUACCAAAUGCUGCUUAAGUGGGUAAUGAGGGAAGGCUCCAAAGGUGCUACAGUUGGAAAGCUUGCCAAAGCUCUCUUUGGCUGCCAAAGACUGGAUCUCCUUACUAGUUUGAUGCAGAUCAAUGAGGAAUAA